CGCGUAAUGUAAUGAAGAAGGGGCAUUCAUUUCCCCUUUUUACGGUAAAGAUCGGACGAUGGCAUGCCAAAAGAAGAGCACAACACACACUUUAAAUCUCCACCUUUUCCCCUCUUUCUCCCGCUCAUUCAAAGCGCGUAAAGGUUAACACAAAGGCUGCUACUCUCUUUCUUUCUAUACCAUACCACAUCACAACCCAAGCAAAGAUGCCAUCUUCAUUGGAUGGAGAAAAGUCAUACUUUGCACAAAGGUAUGGAUUGACUGGUUUGGAAUUAGCAACUCUUGCUGCUACUCCAUUGUAUGCAUUGAGCGCGCUUAGAAAAGGUCAAUUUAGCAUUCGCAGUUUAGUCAGGUAUAACUGGACUGUGCCACUCAUCGGAGGUACAGCAGGAACGGCAACUGCAUACGGAAUCACUUCUCAAGAAAGCUCUGCUGCAACUGCUUCACGUACAUUCUCACUGAGAAAGGAUGCCAAGCAAAUUCGACAAGAUGAUAUGUUCCUCGUCGGUGCUUUGGUAGGAUCACUUCUCACGCCCGCUUUGUUCCUCAAGAGAGCAGGUUUGAUUAAUGGAUUGCUUGGUGGUGCAGGUUUAGGAGGAGCGGGUGGAUUGAUCACAUUCUUUGCACAAGGCGAUGGAUUGGAAGGAUUGCUGGAGCAGGGUAAACAAAUGGCAGGUAGCAGUGAGAGUAUAGGCGAAAAAGGUAGAUCAUUACUAGGCCGGGCAACUGACAAAGGAGUAGCAUUGGCAGAGCAAGCUGGAAGUACGGGCAAACAAUAUGCCCUCGGUGCAAAAGCAAAAGGAGAAGAGGCUGUCAAAGAGCAGCAGCAAAGGGCAUGAAUGAGUAAGUUUCAAUUUUGUUUUUUUUGGACAUCUUUCGAUACCACAUCAUCCAUUCAAAAUAUUGUGUCUUCAUGUAAAUUAUGAUUAAAACAUUGAUGCGAAAUGAAUACAGAAAAUGCUUUUUUG